GUAAGUAUACGAGCUCACUGUCAAAGGGGACGACUAGCACUUUCUCCCGUAGAGAAUGCACUGCUACGCGAAUUGUACCAAGAAGCAGAAUCGGCGCUUAGUGAGUGGGAGGUGAGGAGCGAAUCACCAGCUCAACUCGAGUUACAGGUACUACGGAUGAAGAAUACUGUGGUUGGCAGAGUCUCGCGAUACAAAGGUGAUCUUGGACACGCGGCAGAAUGUUUGGAGACGUGUCUACAGGGCGUUCAGACGGAGGUAGCCAGAUACCACGUGGCCCAUCAUCUAGCCGAUGUGUAUUGUGAACUCAAGGAUCCCAAAGCUGCGGAACGUGUUCUAGAGAAAGAUAUCAAUCGACUUCAAGGAGAAGGAACUACGGCGUCAAAAGUAACGCGUCGAUUGUUUCUUCCCUUUGCUGAGGCACUGAUUCUACAGAACAGAUGGGAAGACGCAGAGUCAAAGCUGACUGUUCUCACGCAAGCAUUCGACCAGAUCGCCUGCCCGGACUUCUCAGAUCAACUAGGACAUGUAAGAUCAAUCAUUGGUCUGGCUCGCAUUGCUCACCACAACUUUGAUUAUCGUAAGACCAUCGAGAGAACGGAGAAGGCUUUAAAUCUCGUAGAC